GCCAGACACACGGCCGCCGCAGCCGAGAUGGCCGCCGGAGAUGCCACCCACGCGCCCCCGGCCGCGGAGGCGCAGUCUCUGGUGGAGUCGUUCUGCGCCGUCACCUCGGCGACCCCCGACGAGGCGGCCUUCUUCCUCGAGGGCCACAACUGGGCCCUCGAGGCCGCCGUUCGCUCCUUCUACGACAACACGGAGGUCGACGCCGAUGUCCCCGAUCCGGCACCCCGGCCCCCGCCAGCCGGUUCGCCUCCGUGCUCCUCACCACGCGCCACGACUCCAUCGACGACCUCCUUCAGACCGGCGAGCUCGCGUUAUGUUCAGUGGGGCUCAUGUCCAGGCUCAUCAUAAUCCUGAGCGUGCCGCCAAGAUCACUCACCAGGCGCAGGCCCUCACGGGCCAGACCACCAAGCACGCCUGCUGCACCAUCGAGCCGGUCCCGGACGACGAGAUAGAUCCGGGAUCCAACCAGAACUCCAUGCUGGAAGCCUGGAAGAGUACCCCGAGGACGAGAGCGACUGCGAGUCCAGCAAGGAGACCGGGGACGAGGACAUGCUGGAGAACACCACGUUCCUCCAGCCUCACACGCACGUGAUCUCCUUCCAGAAGAGGCAGGCACUAGGUACGCUAUAAAUCAUCGACAGUCACUGUACAUUUCGUCGAAUUUCCAUGAGAUGAUCUCUGCGGCCGAUGGAAAACGCUCUUGCAUGCAGUGACGUACCUGGAGAACAACAAGGCCGGCAUCACCGUAUUCGGGUUCACGCUGGACCGGUCGUACCUCCACACGAUAUUCAUGCUCGAGUGGACGCUCUUCCUGUGGCUGCUGGGGAAUACUGUCGGCUUCUCAUGAGCGCCAAGGAAUGUCAUCAUCCUUCCCAGCCAGGUGGUUCGAUUCCGUUCCAUAUUUUUUUGCUGUCGCCGGUUUGAUCCUUGUGAAAAGAGAAGGAAUGGGUUUUU